AUGGCCGUGGGAGCCCGGCUGCGAAGGAAGGCGGCGAGCAGCUUCCCGCGCCGCAAGCCUCGAAGGCGAGGGCGGCGGGAGGGCGACGAGGAGGAGGCCGCCAUCCUGGAGCACCUGGAGUGCGGGGACGAGGACGCGGCGGCGAGCGGGGCGAGCGCCCCCGGGGCGCAGAGCUCGCGGAGGGUGCACCUCGCCGUCCUCCCCGAGCGCUACGAGCCGCUGGAGGAGCCGGCGCCCCGGGAGAAGCCCCCGAAAAAGUUCCGGCAGAAGCUGAAGAAGUAUGGCAAGAACGUCGGAAAGGUCGUCACCAAAGGAUGCCACUUUAUGUUCCUUGGCCUGCAGGGAUUCGCUGCAGCUUACUCCGCUCCCUUUGGAGUAGCCACCAGCAUGGCGUCCUCUGUCCACUAGUGGAAGCUACUGGGCAGGAGCCACAAGAAUGAAUGGAAUCACUUGCUCUGGAAACCCAGCAAAGCCAAGAAUAUUGGAGACUUAAGCAAAAAAAUACUUAGAAGUAAAAAGAACUCUUUCUUAGUAGAACUGUAUAAGUGUGAGAAUUAAGUCAUCCCUGCCCUUACUACUGAGUCAGCUUUUCACGUCUCUUUAUGCAGGUGGACCAGAAGGCCAGUGCCCAGAGGAUUAGGUCGUGGGCAGAGAGGGGUGAGAUGGAAGUUUGUUCGCUAAAGCCCAACCCUUCCCAUGAAGAAGGUGAGGGGGAGGAAAAUGACCAAUGAGAGCACAUGGGUGUGCAGCCUGUUGGUUCCAAAGGGGGAAAGGAGGAGGACUUUGAGCUGGACCUGGAAAAUUUGUCUAUUUUCAAUAAGUGGCAAGUCAGCCUGUGACUGCAUCAUCUGAGGGCAGCAGUGGAGCUGCUUGUUUCUGAAGUCGUCCUCCAUCUGCUCCUCCUCACUCCACUCCUUUGCUGCCGGGAGUUUGGUGACAGGCACGGAAAGAAGAAAAAGAAUUCUACUGAAGGCGAUGAUGCUUUGAAGAUCUUUGACGGGCCUGUCAUGACUGCUAAAGGGGAUAAAAUCUCAUCAUUCUCGCCCAUCCUGGACCUGAGGGGCUGCCAACAAGAGCAGGAGUUACAGCAUAGUCAGAUGCUCUUGGGUGGCUGGUCUUGGUUCUUUGAGGGCCUGCUCUCGAGGGCUCUUAUGCCCAGUGCACAUGAACCAGCACCAGUGCCUCCUCUGGUACCAGCCGAGGCCUUGACUUUUGAUUCUGCCCAUGUAGCCAUGUUAGCCCACUCUGGAUGGAUGCUAGGUGCUUCCCACAGGCCAACCCGAUUUGAUGUGGUUUGGCUUGGAAUGGAGGGGACAAGACAGAGCAAGACCUAAUGCCUGCAGAUGCAAGUGCGUGAUUCAGAGAAGGAAGCCGGAAGUAGAAGACAGGUAAUAAGGAAGUAGACAGAAGUUGAGAAGGGUGUUGCAAAGAGAAGUGGAAGUACAGCAACUGGAUCUUGAUUAGCAGCCUUAGAAAAUAUUAGGUGGGCCCGGCCUUUAACUCCCAAGGAUGGCCAGAGAGAAGUGCUGACUGGGGCUCGGGACCAUUCUUUGGCCCAUGGGAUCCCAUUGGUUGCCGUUGUAGCUGUCUUUCCUCCCUCCUCUGCCCAGGUUGAGCUGCUCUCGCUGGCCUGGAAGAUAGGAUGGGGACCCAGUAUCCAUGGAGGAUGGCCAGUGGACUAUCAGACAGGGAGGAGGAGGAGAGAAGAGGUCUUUCCAUGACCCACUGCAAAUUCCUGGUGGAAGGCCACCUAUUGUGAAUUUGUUCCCACCAUAUGCAAAUUCCAAAGUGGUGGUUGUUGAUCUCCCUGCAGGCUAGGCGGCAACAUUUACCUGGUGCCUCGCGAGGUUUCCCAGAACAUGCAGGGAAGCCUCGAGGCUCAUGCGUUACAGAUCAGAUGUCCUGGGAAGCCAAGAAGGUGAGAUGACAGGCAGACAAAGGGAAAGGACUCAGUGUGUGCGGGAGCGCUUGGUUGCCAUGCAGCAAGACUCAUCUGGACUUUCUGGAGGCUGGACAUCUGGACCCAAUGCCUACAGAGUCCAUAUUCGUGAGGGGAAGAGGGUACAAAGAAUCUUGUUUUUGCCCAACGAUGAAAUCUGAUAGCGGCACAUGUCCACACUUGUAAGCCAAUUGUAGCUUGCCUCACAGCAGUAGGGGUUGGGGAGAAGAAGAGAUGUAAGUGGGAGAAAAAGCUAAGCAUAAUGAAUGAGAGUCAGGGCUGGAUGCCCACUGGUCACAGGAAACGAACCAGCUAAGCCAGUUGGCAGAGAGUUGGCUCCAGGUCAUCGCCACCCCAGGUAACAGAUAGCACUGUGUUCCACAGGCUUUUCAGUGGCUGCCGUUUCAGAAGCUGAUGCCAGGCCUUUCGUCCAAGAGACCCCUGAAUGGACUCAAACCUCCAAUCUUUUACUUGGCGUCUGCACCACCCACAGACUCAUUUGUACAGUAUUUGGAAGAUGCCUUUCCACUCAGUGCUGCUGUUGGGCACUAGAGAAUCCUGUUAGAAGCCUGGCUCAUGGACCAAGAACGUUUUCCUUGCCUGGGAGUCCAUUCAACAGAGUCCACCCCCACCCCUGAGUCCCGCGAAACUAUAAAGCCAAGCACAUUUGACCCUGAAAUACUUGACGUCUCGUUCAAAGUAUCCCAGAACUUUCAAAAAUCAAAUUCACUCCAGGAUGUCGGGUUCAUGUGCACAGUUAGCCUUUCCAGACUGUCUGCUCAGUUGUGGGGCUGGGUGGGGCUUCCAACAGCUGGGCAUCAAUGCUUUCCUCUCCAGACAUCGUGUUCUGUAAUUUCCCCCCUUCCCCCAACAUUCGACCUAUACCUUACUGGUAAUUGAGUUUGAGCGCUUUCCCUUGACAUGUUUGGGCUUUUGUGUUUCUUUUCUGAGUAAAUAAAAAAUAAAAAUGUGUUUUCUGACA